GCUGCCGAGCCGCGGAGCGAGUGCUGUGUGCGCCGCCGCCGCCGCCGCCGCUGGUCCCGGCCCGGCCGUCCUGUCCGUCCGCUCGUCCGCCCGGCUCGGCCCGCAGGGCGCCGGGGGGCGAAGGCGAAGCCCAGGCCGGGCCGCAUGAAGGAGUGCGAGUACCAGCAGAUCCGCCCCGGGGCCGCCCCGCCGCCGCCGUCCAGCGCCCCCCGCUCCGGCUCCGGGCCGCCCCCGACGCCCCGCAGGCUGAGCUCGGGCCUGGGCCCCGCCGCCUCCGCCUCUGCCUCCCUAUCCGCUGCAUCCGUCCGGCCGUGCCGCAAAUGGGAGGUGUUCCCGGGCCGCAACCGCUUCUACUGCGGCGGCCGCCUCAUGCUGGCCGGGCACGGCAGCGUCUUCGCGCUCACUGUCGUACUCAUCGUCACCACCACCACGCUCUUCUUCGUCUUCGACUGUCCUUUUCUGGCCCGCCACCUGACCUUGGCCAUCCCCAUCAUCGGGAGCAUGCUCUUCUUCUUCGUCAUGAGCUGCCUGCUGCAGACAAGUUUCACUGAUCCUGGGAUCCUGCCCCGAGCUACUCCCAAUGAGGCAGCUGCCCUGGAGAAACAGAUCGACAGCACUGGCAAUUCCACUUAUAGGCCUCCCCCGAGGACCAAGGAGGUGAUGAUCAAUGGACAGAUGGUGAAAUUAAAAUACUGCUUCACCUGUAAGAUGUUUCGGCCCCCCCGGACCUCGCACUGCAGUGUGUGUGACAACUGCGUGGAGCGGUUCGACCACCACUGCCCUUGGGUGGGCAACUGUGUGGGAAAACGGAACUACCGCUUCUUCUAUGCCUUCAUCCUGUCCCUGUCCUUCCUGACCUCCUUCAUCUUUGCCUGUGUCAUCACCCACCUGACUCUGCGUUCUCAGGGAGGCACCUUCCUUGACACUCUGAAGGAGACACCAGCGAGCGUGCUGGAGCUGGUGAUCUGCUUCUUCUCCAUCUGGUCCAUCUUGGGCCUCUCAGGGUUUCACACUUACCUCGUCGCCUCGAACCUGACAACCAAUGAAGACAUCAAAGGCUCGUGGUCCAAUAAGAAAAACAUGGAGGCUUCCACCAACCCCUACAGCCAUAAAAGUGUCAUUGCCAACUGCUGUGCUGUGCUCUGUGGGCCUCUGCCCCCCAGUUUGAUUGACCGGAGGGGAUUUGUGCAGCCGGAUACCCAGUUGCCCUCUCCCACCAAGAACGAGGAGCCCACCUGUGGAGCCAAGCCAGACGGCAGCAUGGUAGGAGGCCUCCCCUAGAGGAACUGAGUGCUUGCCAGCCUGCCAGUCCCUCUUCCCUGCGUCCACUGCCUCCCCGUGCCUGCUGGACCCACCUCUGCCUCAUUGGGGCAGAGCUACCCAACACCCAAGUCAAGCCUCCUCUUCUUUAUUUCGGCACUGCCACCCUCCAUGGCUGUUCCUGAGCUCUUCUGUUGCUGCCCCUCUCCCACCUCAGGGGGAUCCCCCUCCACCUAAGUCCAGGAGCCAUGUGAAAUUGACCAGAGACUCCCUACUGGCUCAUAGUGGGGAAGCAGAAUCUCCACCUGGUCAUAGUUGGGGGUGGGGAUGGGAGGGACAAGUGCCCACUUUGCCAUAGAGAACCAGUUUCUUUGCCUUUUAUAGCCAUGUCUGUGCUAAGAAGGUUUAGCCCUGUAUAGAUACAUGGAUGUGGGUGUGAGGGGGCCCCAGGCCUUGCUGAAACCGUGGGCAGCUGUCCCAAUGACAGCUAGGGGGCCGUGAAGGCUCAGCCAGUGCAAGAGCACAUCUUAGAGCCGGGGACACUUCCCAGGGCUUGGUGGUUGCCUGUGUCUUUAAUCAGGAGGGAGCCAGAGCCACCUGAUAGUGAGGGUAGACAGGGUGUCCGGUGCCAGCAGGAACUUGAUUGGGGGGUGGGGGGGAAGGAUGUCCCUGUUUGAGGUUUCUGGGAACAAAGUGAGCCCAGCCUCUACUCAUUAGACUAAGCAGUGAGAGCCCUUCCCUUGCUCCCCCAGUCUUGAUCCAGGGACCAUACACGGAGCUGUCCUAUCCCCUAGAGUGGGUGAAUCACACACAUGCACACAAACACACACACACUGGCAAUACUUGAAACGGGUUUUACUGAAGCUGCUGGGUAUUUUGCACAAUUUUAUAGAACUUUUUUCUACAUAGAAUUUUUAAAAGAAAAAAAACCUGAGCCCCGUUGUUUCUCUAGUGCUGGGUGGUGUUGGCAAGAGGCAGGUUGGUUUUAUGAUUUUGUUACAAGAGACCUUAUGGUUUGUUGUAAGUGUAUCUGUCUGGCUGUGUGUGUGUGUGUGUGUGUGUGUGUGUGUGUGUGUGUUUUCAUUCGUGCAUGCCUGGCUGAUUGCUUGGACGGCUCCCACUCCCCCACAUGCCCUGAGUUGUGGCUUUUUUUAUUCCCACGCCACCUGUGGGGAUCUGAGUCUAGCAGAAGCUGGCAGGGGAGCCGUAUGAGCCAUGGGCACUGAGAGAGUGAACGAGAAAGAUAGAGACUGUGUGUGUGUGUGUGUGUGUGCACACUGGUUGUGAAUGGCAUUGUGGAGUUCCCAGGGGGGCCAAGUCCCCAUUCUGGGUGUCCUCCCACACUCCCUUUCCACCCCCACCUCCCAACCACUGACUUUGAUGUCAGAAACCUGGUGGCUGGGUGACGCCAGGGCCCCCCUCCCUUCCCCAAGCUGGGUUUCCGGCCUGAAAUCUGCCCCAACAGGCCAAAGUGCAUUUGGGUGGGGUUAUGGGAGUAUCAAGAGUCUUGAACAAUCCUGGAAGAGCAUCAGAGGCUGGAAGUAGUUGAGGGUGGCAGCUCCUCUGACUGAUGCCCCUCAGCCUGUGAGGGGGGAAGAAUGAGCUCUGGCUUCGGGAGAUUGAGCCCCUGGGCUAAAGUUUAGUCCAAUCCCUUCCCUCUUGGAGCUGCCUAGAGCCUCAGCCCCUUAGGAGAAGGUGAGAAACCCAGCACCGUCCUGGGUCCUCUGCCCAUCCGCCUUGGCCCUUUCUUUAACUGUGGCUAUUCCAAGUCGCUGCUGGAAGGAGCUAAGACCCUGGAGCCCUGCCAUUAAUGGUCCCUCCAGGCCAGGGGGCAGAGGCUUGGAGAGCCACUUUGUCUAGAAGGAGCAGUUUCCUGGGGACCUCAUGGAAAGCUCAAAGUAGCCUGAGCGUCAGUAUCCUUGGCCCUGUGGAGGAGAGCAGGGGGAGCCCAUCGGCCUUUCAUUGAAGCCAGUGUUCUUUGUUCCUGCCUGUAAUAAAAUUUUUAUUUUUAAGAGUUGA